GCUAGUUCCACGGCUAGCAGUGGUAACAACAGAGGAAACACAUUUUAUUGAAAUUGUAUGACUUUACAAAAGCGGCAGUGAAAUGAGACAUUUUACCUGUAUGGCUGUUCUGGUGGACUUAUUUUUAAAUAACCGCAUUGGGAAUGAAUGAAGGCAAGCACACAUGCUCCACUACAGAAAGGAGAAAACCCCCAAAAGAAGAGGACACCACUGGUGAAGAAGCAUCAGGUUCAAGCAUCAGUGAUUAAGGGCCAGAGUAUCAUAAAAGUGAAUCGGAGAGAGAAAGAAGAGGAAGUGGAGGGUGGGAGGGUGGCUUAAGGAAAGAGUAACAGGAGGUGGCACACAGAAUGGCUUUCCUGGACAAUCCCACCAUCAUAUUAGCCCACAUCCGACAGUCCCAUGUGACCAGUGAUGACUCGGGUAUGUGUGAGAUGGUGCUGAUUGACCAUGAUGUGGAUUUGGAGAAGUGUCACCUGGCUGCAAUGUCUACUGGUGGUGGAUCAGUGGGUGGGUUCUUAGGGGAUGGCAGUGUUAGUGGAGAUGGACAGGCCUGUGACCUCUCUCAGUCCAUGGACAUCACUUCCAGCUGGGACUUUGGCAUCCGUCGGCGUUCCAACACAGCUCAAAGAUUGGAGAGGUUGAGGAAAGAACGACAGAACCAGAUCAAGUGUAAAAACAUUCAGUGGAAAGAAAGGACGACAUCUCAAUCAGCAGAAGAUUUGAGCUCCCUGUUUGAAAAGAAGGAUUUUAAGGAAAGGCCUCAGAGAACAGGGACCAAAUCUACCCUCUCUCUGCGGCUAGAGCAGUGUCCCCAACAACUCAACAAUCCUUUCAAUGAGUACUCCAAAUUUGAUGGAAAGGGCCAUGUAGGGACAACAGCAACCAAAAAAAUCGACGUCUACCUCUCAAUGCAGUCUGCCCAAGAAAAGUUGCAUCCUAUGGUGGUGGUCACAAUGGCCAAUGCACGGGUUUAUGAUCUCAUUGGUCUUAUUUGCUGGCAAUACACUAGCGAGGGCCGUGAACCCAAACUCAAUGAGAAUGUCAACACAUACUGCCUCCACAUAGCUGAGGAUGAUGGGGAGGUGGACACAGAUUUCCCGCCUCUAGAUUCCAACGAGCCCAUCCAUAAGUUUGGCUUCAGCACACUCGCUCUGGUGGAGAAGUACUCUUCUCCAGGACUGGGGCCCAAGCAGUCACUUUUUGUAAGAAUAAAUGCAGCACAUGGCUUCUCCCUUAUUCCAGUGGACAGUCUAAAAGUAACCAUGAAGGACAUUCUACAGAAGGCACUGAAGAAAAGGAAAGGCUCACAGAAGGGCUCAGGUCCCAUGUAUCGUUUGGAGAAGCAGACUGAGCCAAACGUGGCAGUGGAUUUGGACAGUACACUGGAGAGCCAGAGCACACUGGAAUUCUGUCUUGUCCGAGAGAACAGUUCCAGAGGAGAGGAAAGCUCAGAGGAGGACCCACCCAUAGACAUCACUACGGUACAGGACAUGCUGAGCAGUCACCACUACAAAUCCUUUAAGAUCAGCAUGAUCCACAAGCUUCGCUUCACCACCGAUGUUCAACUAGGCAUAUCUGGUGAGAAGGUGGAGAUCGACCCUGUCACCAAUCAAAAGACAAGCACUAAGUUCUGGAUCCGCCAAAAACCCAUCUCCAUAGACUCAGAUUUAUUGUGCGCCUGUGACCUUGUGGAGGAGAAGAGUCCAAGUCAUGCGAUAUUUAAGCUCACAUAUCUUAGCAAUCAUGACUACAAGGCGCUUUACUUUGAAUGUGAUGCUGCUACAGUCAACGAGAUCGUGCUCAAGGUGAACUACAUUCUGGAGUCUCGUGCCAGCACUUCAAGAGCUGACUACUUUGCCCAAAAGCAGCGCAAACUAAGCCGGCGUACCAGCUUCAGCUUCCAGAAGGACAAGAAGUCAGGCCAGUAGGAUGUGUAGCUAAACACCUGACUGAGUUCGUCUGACCCAAGCUGAGAGAAAAAGAGAAUAAGGGGGAGCCUUGUUAAACAGAAGCCCAGAUAAAUACAGUAAUUAAUUGCAACAGGUAGAACCAGAGAAGACUGAGAUAUUAGAAGGAAGUCAAAUUAAGAAGUGAAAUAAGAAAACCAAACCAUGAUGGUAGAGGAAAGUAGCAGAGAAGUGAAGAUGAAUAUGGAAGGGGAGUUAAGGCAGAUGUGUCUUGAUUUUCCCAGUGGUAGAAUCAGCUUCCGAGGGUCUGUAUACUGAUGGACUGUCAUUUCUCAGCCAUAUCAGAGCUCUGAUGCUCUCUGCUGUUAUUCAAGAAUGUAUAAGAAGAAAAAAAUUUAAGCCACGGUAAUCACCCAGACUGAACAUGCAUUAUCAUCAGUCUCUGAUUCUGAAGCACAGCACAGGACAGAGAAGCUGCUGUUUAUAUAUAUAUAUAUUAUCUCCACUGCCUACAAGUGAACUGUACAUACAGGAGUACCAAAUUUACACAGGUGGACAUAAGGACUUUGGAGUUGCAAAGAGCAAGUAAAUUUGUAUUAGUUACAUGUAUGAAAUAUAUUAAUGUAAGUAAACAGUGCUGGGACAUUGAUGUUUAAAGGGAAAAUCCUUGCAUUUCAAGCAAUUACAUUCAGGGUCAUAUUUAGAAAAAAAACCCUCUGGCCAUAGAACUUCAGUGCCUGGUACUGUUCAAUUGGACAAAGUUGCAUUCUUACAAAGUGUGAGGAUUUAAAAAUAUGAAUUCAAAUCAAGGCAUAUUUGCUUGUAAGGUUGGGCAGGAACCGUAAACCUCUCUUCUUAUCUGAAAUAACAUUCAGCUGGUAGGUUAUAUAAAUAGCAGAUUUUUUAAAGAUCAAGCAAAUUAAGUUAUUAUCUUUACUUUGUACUGUGAUCUGGGUUUUUUUGUUUGUUUGUUUUUUUGUUUCCUCCUCUGCAUCUGUAUCUAUGGACUGACUGUAAUAUACUGAACCACACACUGUCUGUCAGGUUGAUCAGAGCAUUUUGUUCCGACUGUCCUUUUAGGCUGAAACUAUGGAAUGUAUGACUUUUUUUUUUUUUUCCUCCCAUAACAAUGAAAAUAAUAAUGAUAAUAUUAUACAUUAUACACUCUAGGUUCAUUUCACUUGCAUGUUUAUAAGGGUUUCUUUCUAUGCCCAGCCCAUUUUGCCUUCUUUUAAACAUGGAGUCAAACUCUCACAAUGUACCCCAUCUCUGAAAGCUGCUGUCAUAAACUGGAUUCAGGGUGUUUGUUCAGAUCCAAAACUCAUGUUUCAACUCAGGUUUCUGACUGCCGUUUUGUGUUGACUGGUCUAAGUUUUUGUUUUAAUUUUUUUUUUUUUCUGUAUGUUGGAAACAAAAAAGCGAAUGCUCUUCCAUGCAGCAACAGUGCUGAUGGAUGAACUGAAAGUGUUUCCAUGAUGGGAAGAACUGCUGCAUAAAGACAUUUCAAAUAAAACUUUAUUUAUAAGUGGUAAAGUUUUGAUGACCAGGUUAUCAUGUGACAAAUGAAAUUAACAUGAUUUGCUACAGUAUCAUAUACAUACUGUAUAAGUAUACAGUAGAUUUUCUAAUUAAAGACUGAACUAAAGUACCAGUAUUCUGUUUUGGCAA